GUAUCUGCAUUUUGUUUUAGCAUGCCUCUGUUUGUUCUGAGAUGCACUCUACUUUUUGCAAUUACGGUUGGAGCCGUGUGCACCUGUAUGCUGAAGAAUCACACCAUAUGGGUUGAAAAGAAAAACUGUACCCAGUGCGUGGCAAUCAACACAACCAUCUGCAGUGGCUACUGCUACACAAGAGAUACCAAUUUGAAGGGCCACUUUGGCAGGGCUUUCCUGAUUCAGCUCAGCUGUGUGCCUCUCUCCCUGGUGUACCGAGCUGUCCUUAUUCCCGGCUGUCCUCAGGACGUCAGCUCACAGUUGUAUUAUCCUGCGGCUCGCUGCUGCAGUUGCAGACGCUGUGACACUCGCAUGCACCACUGUGUCCAACCUAGACCGUACUCUUAUGAUCAGUGCUCCAUAAAACUUGGUGGUGUGGAGAAACAGAACCUGAAAUGCUUUGGAAACCUGACAACGUGCUAG